AUUUUACUGUCUCUCUUUCAGCGCUGCUAUUGGAGUGACAUGUUCACAGGUCGCCUGCGCUCUGAGAUCCCACCGGCCCUGAAUUCUCUGGGUGACGCUCUGAUGCUGGCGAACGCCCGGCUGACAGUUUUAGACCUCAGUGACAACGCCUUCGGUCCCGACGGGGUGAAGGGCAUCGAGAGGCUGCUGAAGAGCACCGCCUGCUACACCCUGCAGGAGCUGCGGCUCAACAACUGUGGCAUGGGCAUCGGAGGGGGAAAGAUCUUGGCUGCCGCGUUGAUCCAGUGCUAUAAGACCUCCAGUGCAGAGGGCACCCCCCUCGGCCUGAAGGCCUUCGUGGCAGGGAGGAACCGUCUGGAGAACGAAGGGGCCACCGCUCUCGCUCAAGCCUUCAAGCUGAUGGGCAGCCUGGAGGAGAUCAACGUGCCGCAGAACGGUAUCAAUCACCCGGGCGUCACGGCGAUGGCUGAAGCCGUGCAGAACAACCCCAACCUGCGCAUCCUCAACCUCAACGACAACACCUUCACUGAGAAGGGGGCCAUCGCCAUGGCACAGGCUCUGAAACAUCUCCGCAGCAUCCAGGUGAUAAACUUUGGAGACUGUCUGGUGCGGCCGGCAGGAGCCAUCGCCAUCGCAGAAACUGUAUCAGAGGGACUACCAAUACUAAAGGUAAAUGAAUGCUAG